CCUGGCAACUAUUCAAACACAGAAACCAAGCAACAAUCUUCUGUUCCCAUUCUCCAUUGGUGAGUUCACGAACACAAAUGUUGUCCUUAACACUACCUAUUCCUCUGCUGAAAACCCUAACUCCUCCUUCUCCAAACAUUAACAACCCCUCUCUCUCUUCCUAUUCUCAUUAUCAACCUCGUUCCCGUUCCCUAACACGGGGACUUAUAGUCCCCAAACACAGCUCCGCCACUGCUCCUCCGAGCGCGACGCUUCGGGACGACGGAACCUCACUCGCUGGAGAUUCACCGGAGCCGCUUCCGGAGGAGUUAGUGGCGGAGCUGAUGCCAAAGCACGUGGCGGUGAUUAUCGACGGACAUGGUAGGUGGGCCAAGUUGAGAGGGCUGCCGGCGUCCGCGGGGCACCAAGCGGGUGUGCAGCCACUGAGGACGGUGGUGAGGCUGUGUUGCAGUUGGGGAAUUCAGGUUCUCACGGUUUUCGUGUUAUCCACUGAGAACUGGUUUCGCCCCAAGGUGGAGGUUGACUCCUUGAUGAAGCUCUUUGAGACAACAAUAAACUCCUCAAUUGCGUGUAUGAAAAAGGAAGGAAUUCAAAUAUACGUGAUUGGGGAUUCAUCAAAACUUCCUGAGUCUCUAAGGAGUACUAUAGCUAAUGCAGAAAAGAAUACAAAACAUAACUCGAGACUCCAACUUAUUGUGGCAAUGAAUUACGGUGGGAAAUACGAUGUUGUUCAAGCAUGUAAAAGUGUAGCAAAAAAAGUCAAAGAUGGUCUUCUUCAUUUGGACAACAUCAAUGAAAAAAUUAUUGAAAAAGAAUUGGAAACUAAAUGUACUGAGUUUCCUUAUCCAGAUCUACUAAUACGAGCUGGUGGUGAGCUUAGAUUGAGCAACUUCUUGUUGUGGCAAUUGGCAUACACAGAAUUUUAUUUUAAUAAAACACCGUGGCCAGAUUUUGGAAAGGAAGAAUUUGUAGAUGCCUUAAGAUCAUUUCAGCAAAGACAAAGACACUAUGGUGGUGAACGACAUUCAUAAGCAUAUGUCUGUAAUAUAGUAUUAUCACUUAAUUAAUCUUUUAGGAUUAAGUGUAUAAUGGUUUUGGGAUUAUGUUUAAAUUAUUGGACCAAGCUAACCUACUAAUUAGUCGUGUGUUCAUUAUAACUGAGGUAUCUCACUUAAGGUUUUGCAUUGUUCAAUAUAGUGACAUCACUAUAUGCAGUGCUAACAAACUUUUGAUUAGUUUGUUGUUGACCUGGCUUUGUAACAAUGUUUUGAAGUAGGUUUAAUAUAUUAGCUUCUAAACUAAAUAAAUCGUAAUUA